CAUUAAUAAUGCCUGCUACCGUUUUUUAAAGUCAUCAAAUGAAAUUCUUCAGAGCUGAAAUGGCGCCAAGGUUAAAAUGAGGCAGCAAAAUAUUUUCGAGCUCUAUCAGCGGUGACCAUUUUUCACCAUGUUUAUGGCAGCACUUAUACAAACACGAAACAAACUACUACUCCAUCAAAAUCCAAACCCCACUUAUACUUUCAGCACAUUUGCAGCUUCAAUUCUUCAGUCUUUUUCGAAUGACUUUGCUUAUCCCACCAUCACUACAACAAAAGACAAAGCUUUUCAUCCAUACCAAAAGCCAGCCUAUUUUGCUCCUACAGUUUCAGACAAGUGCGAAUUUCUCGUGCAAAAAUACCUGUUCUCUUGUUCUGAAUUCGAUGCGCAUAGACUCCAUUUGGAUAUUUUAAAAAAUGGGGUUGAUAAAGAUUUGUAUUUGUGUAACACCCUUAUUAAUUUAUAUGUGAAAGGUGGUGAUUUGGUCUCUGCUCAUGAUAUAUUCGACGAAAUGCUGGACAGAAAUCUAGUUACGUGGGCGUGCUUGAUUACGGGUUAUUCCCAAAAUGGGAUGCCUGACGAGGCAUGUCAUGUUUUUCGGGAAAUGGUUUCGUCGGGGUUUAUACCUAACCAUUAUGCUUGUGGUAGUGCUUUGAGGGCUUGUCAGAGUUUAGGUGCUUGUGGGCUUAGGUUGGGAAUGCAAAUUCAUGGUUUGCUUUUGAAAACAGGGCAUGCUUCUAAUGAGGUUGUUUCCAAUGUCUUGAUCUCGAUGUAUGGAAGUUUUGCAGGUACUGGCGAUUAUGCGUGGCGUGUUUUUGAAGAGAUAGAGUAUAAGAAUUCGGUAUCUUGCAAUUCUAUUAUUUCAGUUUACUCUCAGCGAGAUGCAGUUUCUGUGUUUCAGCUCUUCUCUGAUAUGCAAAAAGAGGAUUUGGGGUUUAUUUGUAAGCCUACUGAGUUCACUUUUGGCAGCUUAAUUACAGCUGCUGCUAAUCAUGUUAAUUGUGGUUUGUUUUUGCUGAAGCAGCUACUGGCUAAAAUAGAAAAGUCUGGACUUUUGGAAGACUUGUAUGUGGGAAGUGCUCUGGUAAGUGGUUUUGGAAGGUUUGGGUGUCUCGAUAAUGCUAUGAAGGUUUUUAAACAGAUGGGUACAAGGAAUGCAGUGUCCAUGAACGGGCUGAUGGUCGGAUUGGUGAGACUUGGUCAAGGAGAAGUCGCGACCAAGUUUUUUAUGGAGAUGAGAGACUUGGUUAAAAUCAAUUCUGAUACAUUCGUUGUUCUUUUCGGUGCUUUUCAUGAAUUCUCUUUGUUGGAAGAAGGGAGAAGAAGAGGUAGAGAGCUACAUGCCUAUGUUAUCCGAACUGGUUUGCGCGACUCCAAGGCUGCUAUUGGAAAUGCUCUGAUUAGUAUGUAUUCUAAAUUUGGUGAAAUACAGAUUGCUCGUUCUGUUUUUGAGACCAUGCUUGAUAAGGAUUCAGUAUCAUGGAACUCUAUGAUCUCCGCUCUAGAUCAAAAUGAUUAUUUUGAAGAUGCAAUAUCAAUCUUCCAGGUGAUGAGAAGAACAGGUCUGAUGGCGUCAAAUUACUCAUUGAUAAGUUCUUUGAGUUCUUGUGGAAACCUGAAUUGGAUAAGAUUUGGGGAACAACUGCACAGUGAAGGGGUAAAGUUAGGACUAGAUUUUGAUGUUUCAGUGUCUAAUGCUCUUCUUGCUUUAUAUGCUGACACUGGAUGUGUGGCUGAAUGCAAGAAAUUGUUUACCUUGAUGCCAGAAUAUGAUCUAGUUUCCUGGAAUACCAUUAUCGGUGCAUUAGGUGAUUCUGAGACAUCUAUUUCUGAAGCUAUAGAGUACUUCAUACAGAUGAUGCGUGCUGGAUGGAGUCUCAACAAUGUGACGUUUAUAAAUAUUCUUUCAGCAAUAUCACCUCUUUCUCUUCUUGGUCUUGUUCGUCAAAUCCAUGCGCUGGUGCUAAAAUAUAGUGGAAUGGAUGCUAAUGCUGUUGAAAAUUCAUUUCUUGCUUGCUAUGGUAAGUGCGGGGAAAUGGAUGACUGUGAGAACAUAUUCUCUCGGAUGUCUGAAAGGAAGGAUGAUAUGAGUUGGAACCUAAUGAUCUCUGGAUAUUUGCACGAUGAGGUUUUACCAAAAGCCAUGGAUUUAGUCUGGCUUAUGCUGCACAAGGGUCAGAAAUUAGAUGGCUUCACAUUUGCCUCUGUUCUCAGUGCAUGUGCCUCAAUUGCAACAUUGGAGCAUGGAAUGGAAGUUCAUGCUUGUGCGAUUAGAUCCUGUUUGGAAUCUGACACUGUUGUUGGGAGUGCUCUUGUUGACAUGUAUGCCAAAUGUGGAAGAAUAGAUUAUGCAUCAAGGUUUUUUGAGUUAAUGCCUCUACGAAAUAUAUAUUCAUGGAACUCAAUGAUUUCUGGUUAUGCACGGCAUGGACAUGGACAUAAAGCACUAGAGCUUUUUACAAAAAUGAAGCUGGAAGGUCAAACACCUGACCAUGUCACAUUUGUUGGUGUCUUAUCAGCUUGUAGCCACGUGGGAUUUGUUGAGCAGGGCAAGGAUUACUUCGAUUCCAUGAGCAAACAAUAUGGUCUGACACCUCGGAUUGAGCAUUUCUCAUGUAUGGUUGAUAUCCUGGGACGAGCAGGUCAGAUGGAUAAAUUGGAGGACUUCGUCAAUAAAAUGCCAUUAAAGCCCAAUACACUCAUUUGGAGGACUGUGCUUGGAGCCUGUGGUCGAGCAGGGAGUCGUAAAACAGAUCUAGGUAGGAAAGCUGCUCACGUACUCUUAGAGUUGGAACCUCAUAAUGCUGUAAACUAUGUGCUUCUUGCAAAUAUGUAUGCUUCGGGAGGGAAAUGGGAGGAUGUGGCAGAGGCUCGGCGUGCAAUGCGAGAAGCUACGGCAAGGAAAGAAGCUGGAUGCAGCUGGGUUAACAUGAGGGAUGGUGUUCAUGUUUUUGUGGCAGGUGAUCAAUCACAUCCAGAUAAAGAUGCAAUUUAUGAAAAACUUACGGAAUUGCACAAGAAGAUUAGGGAUGCAGGGUAUGUGCCACAAAUUAAAUAUGCCUUGUAUGAUCUUGAACUGGAGAAUAAGGAAGAACUCCUCAGCUAUCAUAGCGAGAGACUUGCAGUUGCCUUUGUUCUUACACGGAAAUCAGACAUGCCAAUAAGAAUAAUGAAAAACCUCCGAGUUUGUGGGGACUGUCACUCUGCCUUCAAAUACAUAUCACAAGUUGUUGGUAGACAAAUAGUAUUACGAGACUCCAACAGAUUUCAUCAUUUUUCUGAUGGUAAGUGUUCAUGUAACGAUUACUGGUGACAGAUCAAAUGUUGUCUAACUUGGAGAAAAGGAUGCUGCUUAAUGAAGCAUUAAACCAAUGGAAAAGGUUCAAGCAUGUCACGUCUGAAGUAUGGGGAGGGAAGUAGUUAGCGUGUAAGGGUGUUGCAUCAAGGAUUCUGCUGAGGACCUCGACAUGAAGUUACUAAAGUGUGCCAUAAUUUUGUAUUAUUUGCCAUAUUUCUUAAAUAUUUUAUGGCGUGAAUCAGCUAGAAUGACAGUAAAUGACACCAUGAAAUCAAAGGAGCAUGAAGAAGGUAAGGAGAAUUAAGCAUAUCAAACCCACUGUAAAACUGUAUCCAAGUUGUUGGUAGACAAGUUAUUAUAAAGACUCCAGCAGAUUCAUUGUUUUGUGCGCCCAAGUGAGUGACUUAAUGGUCAAUGAAGUUGGAAAGAGCCUUGGCAGAUCACGGUUCAAAACUUCAAAUGCCAGCAGAAGCAAAAAAAAAUGAUAGAUGAUUUUGUUCUUAUCUACUAAGCUUGGCGGACAGAGUUACCCAUGUAUUUGUACUGGUGGAAGUAGCAGGUUCCCGGUGAAUUAGUCGAGGUGGGCACAAGCUGGCCGGUACACCAUCAUUAUUGAAAGUAAAAUGAUUUCAUCAUUUAUCUAAUGAGAAUUGUUAUUGUAAUAAUUAUUGGUGAUGGAUCAAAUGCUGUCUAAGUCUAACUUGGAGAAAGGGAUGUUGCUUAAUGAGGCAUUUCACAACAGACGAAGCAAAUGGGAAAGGCUUAGCGUGUCAUGACUGAAGUCUGGGAAGGGAAGCAUUUGGUUUGUAAGGCUUGAACUAUUUAUUUACUUAAUACUUUCUUUUCCUUAUCAGAAAAAAGGGUUGAACUAUUUAUUCUGGUGGUGAUCUCAACCUGAAGUUACUAAAACGUACCAUACUUCUGGUUUUUAUUAAAUUACUUGUCAUAUUCCCAUAUUUGUUCGAUAUCUGUGGCAUGAAUUGCUAGAGUCAUAGCAAAUGACAACAUGAAAUCAAAAUUGCAUGUGCAGGAACUUUAUCAAAGGUGCUCUUGCACAUUAAAGCCCUUUGGUUUUGCUGGACAAUUUUAAUGUGCAGACUCCAACAGAUAGUAGAAACUCCAGUUUUCAAUCUCUAAAGAACUCAUCCUUUGUGUGGCUGGUGCAUGGGAAGCCUCAUCUUGUCGUCAAGUUAAACAGACACCCAAGGUACUCUAUAGAUACUGUGGGAUGAUCGCGUGAGAAUACAGCUGCCAACUCGAGGAAGAAGUUGACAGCAGUAUGACUGAAAAUAUUCAACAUGGUUAAGGACAAGUCCAAAGUCAACUUGUUGAUUAAAGGCAGGACAAGUCCUCUUGUUCAGGCUGCAAGUAGCUACAAACUAAUGUUACAUUUUAGAUGGACACAAUAACAUGCAAGGAGGAGGAUGAAUGACUGAGUUAAGAUAUCUCACCCUAGGAAAAGCAUGUUUUGGCAAAGAGAAAGAUGUUGUCACUGUUUGUACUCAGUAUUAGCUCUUACAUGUUUGAAGUUGAUUACGUGGAAGAAGACAGGAUUAGUUGUUUUACCAAUAUCUUGUCCUUUUUAUUUUUUGAAAUAAAAUGGCUAAUAUACGGAUAUC